AAGAAACUGAAGUUGCUUAUUGAAAAGUUAAACACUUCAAUGCGACGGCAAUCCAUCUACCUUUUAUCAUUUCUUCUUGCCUUAUUCUUAUCCACUUCCUCGUUUCUCCCAGUGGAUGGCUUAAGCUGCGGGGAACAAAAUUUUUCUGCGCUAAGCACCGAUCUUGGCUUCCUACAUAUCAUUCAAAGGAUUUCUGUUUUGGCCCCAUUAUCAUUAUUUUAUGUAUAUAUCGAUGUUAGUGAUGAUCACACUGCCAAAAUUCAGCUACGUACUCCCAAUGGAUCGCCUUUGAUUUUAUAUUCGUCAUUGUCGGCUACGGCUUCGGAAUGGCAAACAUUGGAUGUGCUUACAAAAAGGAUUUAUAUUGCGCCCGUAUAUAGUUCUGAUGCUGAUAUCAUUCCAACUGUCAUGAUUACUGCCUGCAAAUAUUCAACACCGAUAUCAUAUUUUAAUGAUAAUAUGUAUUCCAUUGAUACGCAUAAAGCUGGUAUCGUUUCGACGUAUGAAAAUCAUCUGAUCGUUAUGUUUCGCACAUUUGAAAAUGGAAUAUUCGUAUUUUCGAUGGCCGAACAAGGCGAUUUACUCAUUGCUCAAAUUGUUCACGGCAAAGUUUUUAUUAUUUUUGAUUUUGGCUCACUUACUCAAACAACAAUUUCUGGCGGAACAGCAUUGAACGAUGGUGAAUGGCAUGAAAUCCGCUGGAUACAUCAAUUUGAUUCCGUACAGUUAUUUGUGGACGGUGUCAUCAUGAAUACUACUGCUCCAUCCGGUCUUUAUAGGAAGUUGGACUUCGAUAGAAAGAUUCAUAUUGGUGGACGACCAGUAGAGGAUAUGAAUAGCGGUAUUGAGGCGAGCUAUCAUGGAUGUUUUGCACGGAUUAUCCUCAACAACAUUGACCUCUUGGCUCAAAUACCUAGGUCACUACGCAAAGACUGCCAAAUGCCAAAAUCACAAUCGAUGACCAUUAUGACCAGUGGCUAUGUGUCAAUACCAUUUUCAUUUUUGCCAUUUUCGAUCGAAUUUCGUAUUCUGCCUCAGCCAAGCUCAUUAUUAUUACUAACCGAUGCAAAGAACAAAUCGCUCGCGCGAAUAUCACUGAAUAAAAAAGGCUUAUUGGUUUUAACAUUAUUUGCUAAUAUGUCUGAAGUUGAGCAACUGCCACAAUCAGGCAGAUUAGUAAAUGAUGGCAGUUGGCAUUCUCUGUCAAUGAUGAUUUGGGGAGCUCGAUUACAUGUUGAUGUGGAUAGUUACACGAUACUUUGGUUAGAAGGAAAUGCAGUACGAAAUUUAGCUAAACACCUCACCCAUUUUCAUUUAUCAGCGAUUGGAUGUUAUCGAUCCGCUACUGUAGCUUUCAAAUCAUCAAACUUAAUUGGCAAUGUUACAUUGGAUACAUGUCAUUUUCAGGAAAGAUGUCUUCCAAAUCCUUGCGAGAAUCAUGCCAUUUGUGAGCAAACAUCUCUCAAUGACUUUCACUGUCAUUGUCGUAAUGGUUACUACGGGAAAACAUGUCAUUCAACACGGAAGUAUCAUUCCUGUGAGGAAUUCUUUCUGAAGAAUCCACACAUCAAAAGUAAGAAUGUUACAAUUGAUAUGGAUGGUGGAAAUCCAUUGGAGCCACUUACGGUACAGUGUGAACGAAAUUUCAAAGAUUACGAUGACAUGAGAAUUACCUCAAAAAUAUUCCAUCAAUUUGGAAGUAGUGGCAUAUUAAUCAGUGGAGAUUAUGAACCAGGUUCCGUCAAAAGGUCACUUGAUUAUGGUAUUGCCAUCGACCAGUUAGACCGUUUUAUCGAUGGAUUUGAAAACUGUAUGCAGUAUAUGCGUUAUGAAUGUCGAGGAGGUGCGAAAUUGAUGAGUUAUGGUGUAGAGCAAAGGCCAUCAUCCUGGUACAGUACACGGAACGGUCAACAUGCAAUGCAGUGGGGCGAUGCGCCACCUUAUUCAAGGAUGUGCCCAUGUGCAGCAAAUUCAUCUUGCACACAUAACAGAGUGUGUAAUUGUGAUAGCGGCGAAGAUAGUGUUGAUGAAGGAUACAAUCCUCACAUACAGUUAUUACCAGUGAUGAAUUUAUACCUUGGAGGCACAACAGCUUCAUCGUCAAUAAAUGUUUUUAUUGGCCCUCUUAUUUGUAGCCAACGUCAUGUAUUUGAUGGAAUAACAUUUCUGAAUCGCAAUGCUCGUUUGGCUGGUUCACAAGCUUUAUUCGGUUCAGUUAUGGAUCUCGAGUUUCAGAUACGCAUGUCACAUGAUCGAAUGACAAUUUUCUUUUGGGAAUCAUUAAAUGGACAGCGUUGGUAUCAACUCAAUGUUACAGAUGGACACCUAAUAGGACAAGUCGUAAGUGGAAGCAAAGUUUUUGAAAUCAAAUCAAAAAUGUCUGUGAAUGAUAACAGAUGGCAUACAGUGUACUGGGAAGUGAAUGUGAAUGGAAUGAUGUUGAACGUGGAUAACGAAAGUAGUUUACUAGAUGUUCAUAUCAUACCCCCGAAUGUCUACACCUGGAUUAUAGGGUCACGAACUGAACAAGGUUUGUCAGGUUUUGCGGGUCAGAUUCGAAAUAUGUACUUGUGUGGCAAUGAAAUUAUGUUACGAUCAUUGGUGAGAAAGCAAGGACGAGGCAUGAGGGGUAUCGAACUUGGCGAAAAAGGAACAUGCAAGAGUGAUGAUUGUUUAAAUCAUGGCCAAUGUAUUGAAUUCUAUGACAGUCACAAAUGCAAUUGUAACAAUACUCCAUUCGUUGGUCAAAAGUGUGACCAAGAUGUCGGUAUAUUUAUACCGAAAAAUUCUGAACUGAUGAUUCCAUGGCAACAUCCAGCUCAAGUAUCGUCUUGUUUCCGGAUAGCUGUACAAUCAUUCUCCUCUAAUUACUCAUUGAUAAGAGCAAAGGCAUUAUUUGCAGACUGUCAGUUUAACUUAACUAUCAAUCAGAAAGGUUACAUUUUGCUAUAUUAUGAAAUCUCUUUUGGGUUAUCUCGAAUUGUCAGUCUUCGAUGGUUUUUUUUCCACUAUAAAGCUGCAGAUAAUAGACAUAAAUUUGACGAUAAUGAACUCACCGAUGUUGAUUUUUGUGCCGAAAAUACUGAAUUUACACUUCAGAUUAACGAUGAAAAUAUUUUUCGUAUAAGUGGCAACUGGUCAUUCUUCCCACAGCUCAAUGUUUGGAAAUUCAUUGAUAAAAACUUUGCGGGCUGUUUGACAAGACUACAAGUUGGUGUCGCUUUCCCUCUAAAGGAUCCAUCAUCGUCACGUCUUUCGUCCAGAGGUGACAUACGAUUUGAAGGUUGUCCGUAUAACCAUAUGUUUUUUGAUCAAAUGCCAAAACAUGAAGAAAAACCGUUGUUAAGCGACACUCGCAUCAAUGCUAUCAUUGAACAUAGCACUUUUUCGUUGACUUUAAUCAUAAUGGUCGGCGCAAUCACGGGUUGUUUCUUUUUUCUGCUCAUUCUUACUGUUGUGAUAUGUUGGAUUCGAAAUCGGCCUGAUGGUGUGUAUAAAACGAAUGAAAAUAUUUUAGCGUACUCCAGUCCGAAUCGUUCCGAGGAGCCGCUUGUUGCAAUUAAUUGUGUUAAUAGGGAGUAUUUUUGUUGA